GCAGGCGGGCACAGUGUAGGGUUACAGUCCAUUUAUGGGCGCAGUAGAGGGCAGAUAUCAGUGUCGAUGGCAUUCAUUCCCAGCUAUUCUUAGGAGCCUCUCAGGAGCUCCACACAGCCUAGUUGUGCAGCAAGGGACAGAGCAGAGGUGGUCACUGUCAGCACCAGCAUGUCUUACAGCGUGACCCUGACCGGGCCUGGGCCCUGGGGCUUCCGUCUGCAGGGGGGCAAGGACUUCAACAUGCCACUCACUAUCUCCCGGAUCACGCCGGGCAGCAAGGCGGCCCAGUCCCAGCUCAGCCAGGGUGACCUCGUGGUAGCCAUUGACGGUGUCAACACAGAUACCAUGACCCACCUGGAGGCCCAGAACAAGAUCAAGUCUGCCAGCUACAACCUGAGCCUUACACUGCAGAAGUCGAAGCGUCCCAUUCCCAUUUCUACUUCAGCGCCCCCAAUCCAGUCCCCUCUGCCAGUGAUCCCCCACCAGAAGGACCCUGCUCUGGACACGAACGGCAGCCUGGUGGCACCCAGCCCCAACUCCGAGGCAAGGGCCAGCCCGGGCACCCCGGAGCUCAGGCAGACCUUUAGCUCCUCCUUCUCCCAGACUUCCGUCUCCUCCUCACACAUGGAGACCUCUGACCCUGGCCCUCCACGGGGCAGCCCAGGGGCCAAGACCAGCCCAGAGGGGACUCUGGACUCACUCAGCCCGAAAGUGCCACUGGGCUCGAGCCAGCCAAGGCAGUAUAACAACCCCAUUGGCCUGUACUCGGCAGAGACCCUGAGGGAGAUGGCUCAGGUGUAUCAGAUGAGCCUCCGAGGGAAGGCCUCAGGUGCUGGACUCCCAGGAGGGAGCCUUCCUGUUAAAGAUCUUGCUGUAGACAGCGCCUCUCCCGUGUAUCAGGCUGUGAUUAAGAACCAGAGCAAGCCGGAAGAUGAGGCUGACGAGUGGGCCCGCCGUUCCUCCAAUCUGCAGUCUCGCUCCUUCCGCAUCCUGGCCCAGAUGACAGGGACAGAAUUCAUGCAAGACCCUGACGAAGAAGCUUUGCGAAGGUCAAGCACCCCUAUUGAGCAUGCUCCAGUGUGCACCAGCCAGGCCGCCACCCCGCUGCUGCCCGCUUCUGCCCAGUCACCUGUUGCUGCCUCUCCCAGCGCAGCCUCGCCACCCCUGGCCACAGCCGCUGCCCAUGCUGCCACCGCCUCUGCCGCAGCCCCUGCCUCAAGCGCUGAGGACAGUCCAAGGCCCCAGGCCUCUGCCUGCAGUCCCGCCAAGGCGACCUCUCCAGCACCAGCGGCCCAUACAUACAGCGAGGCCCCAGCUGCCCCUACGCCCAAGCCCCGGGUUGUCACCACUGCCAGCAUUCGGCCUUCUGUCUACCAACCAGUGCCUGCAUCUACUUAUAGCCCGUCCCCGGGGGCCAAUUACAGUCCAACUCCCUACACACCCUCCCCUGCCCCUGCCUAUACCCCGUCGCCUGCCCCUGCCUAUACCCCCUCGCCUGCCCCCACCUAUUUCUCCUCCCCAGCACCAGCCUAUACUUCCUCACCUGCCCCAAGCUAUAACCCUACACCCUUGGUGGCCUACAGUGGGGGCCCUACAGAAUCCACCAGCCGCCCCCCAUGGGUGACAGAUGACAGCUUCUCUCAGAAGUUUGCCCCUGGCAAGAGUACCAGCUCCAUCAGCAAGCAGACUGUGCCCCGAGGGACCCAAGCCUAUACCCCGACAGGUACCCAGGUGCCCCCCCUUGCCAGGGGCACCGUCCAGAGGGCUGAGCGCUUCCCAGCGAGCAGUCGGACUCCGCUCUGUGGCCACUGCAACAAUGUUAUCCGGGGCCCCUUUCUGGUAGCCAUGGGCCGCUCCUGGCACCCAGAAGAGUUCAACUGUGCCUACUGCAAGACCUCCCUGGCAGACGUGUGCUUUGUGGAAGAGCAGAACAAUGUUUACUGCGAGCGGUGUUAUGAGCAGUUCUUUGCCCCAAUCUGUGCCAAGUGCAACACCAAAAUCAUGGGGGAAGUGAUGCAUGCCCUGAGACAGACGUGGCAUACCACCUGCUUCAUCUGUGCGGCCUGCAAGAAGCCCUUCGGGAACAGCCUUUUCCACAUGGAAGAUGGGGAGCCCUACUGUGAGAAAGACUAUGUCAAUCUGUUCAGCACCAAGUGUCACGGCUGCGAUUUCCCCGUGGAGGCUGGUGACAAGUUUAUCGAAGCCCUGGGGCAUACCUGGCAUGAUACUUGCUUCAUUUGUGCGGUCUGCCACGUGAAUCUGGAGGGGCAGCCGUUCUACUCCAAGAAAGACAAACCUCUGUGCAAGAAGCAUGCACACGCCAUCAACGUGUAGGGCGCCCAGGCAUCUGAUGCGGACAGGCGGGGAGCUGCUCCAGCUGCUGGCAACAAUGAAUUCAAGGAGGCUGACGUUUCUUUUGGGGAGGAAAGGGGGAAGACAGGAAGCAACUGAGCCCUUUUGAAGUAUAAUUUUAGUCCUUUCUUCUGCACACAGAUUGUGUAUUUGCAUAGUUCAGACUAGAAGCCAAAUGAAGAUUCCUAAACCACGCUAGUAAUUAAUCCAAGACUGAAAUUGUACUUCAGACAUUUUGGACAGAAUUCCAAGAACUCAAAAGUGAAAAACAAAAAGUAACUUUCCCAAAGUGAUACACUUCAUGAGGUCGGUCACCAGAGCAGGGACAGAGCUCAGAGCAGCUGUGGAGAAUCUGAAGCAUUCUGUGAGUUCUUUAGACCUCCUCCGGCAAACAAAAUAAAGUGCCAAAUAAUCCUCGCUGCAGGGUGUUUUUAGAGCCAGAGCUGAGAGCUUGUUAGCUAAGACCAAUUGGGCUUUCUUUCCUCACCAAAAAAGGAAGUGUUAUUCCAUUACGAACGUCAUGGAGCUACCUCUGUGCAUCAGACUUCAGACCUUGAAAAGACUUGAACAUUCUAAAGGGAGCCCAGACAUCCAGAGUUAUGUUUUCUGGAGCCCCUGAGCAAUUGACCUGGCUUCUGGAAGGGCUGUGGCUCACACUGCUGACAGCUGAGGAAAGAUGGGCUCUUCAGCUCCCCUCUUUCAGUCUGAAACAUCCGAUGUCCCAGAAGUUUUAGCUCCUUUUUGAGUUGUGACAGGAAAGUGGAAUUGGGUUUUUCCAGUUUUACUUUGCUGUGUGUGAGAGAUUUUAAAACAACUCUGGGUUGUGUUUGGUCUUUGUUUUGCUUUAUGAGGUUAGUUAGAUGAAUAUCCAGUCACGUGCACGUAUUUCACUCCCAGUGAGUGGUAUGAUCACUCACUUACGAAGUCUUCCUCAGCACCCCUUCCCCCAACAGGCUAGUGAACUGUGGAGAAGAAGAGACAGUGUCUGAAACAGGAUUGCAGAAUAGGCUGAGGACAUGCCCAAACUCUGGGUGGGGAAGAGGAACCUUCCAUUCUGCCAACCUCGGUCGGCAUGCAUGAGUUGGCAGGCCCCUCCACCUGAAAUCAGCACCAUCCUUUUCAUGUGUUCCUUUAAAUGCAGCGCACUGAUUAUGUACCAUCACGUUGACUGCUGGAAGGAAAAGAUGCGCUGGUAUAUACUCAUUUGCCAUUUGGGCCAAUAUUUUGAAAAUGUAUGAACUGGCUUGAUCUAACAAUUAUUUAAAUAUUUAUUGAAAUAGACUUGGGUCUUCACACUUCUUUAAAAUAUUAGUGAUAGUUUGAGUUAAGUAAGCAUUUUAAAGCUGUUUGAGGAUAAAGAGAGAGGCUUUAGUUUCUGAGGUUGAAAAUGGUAUGUAUAUAGUCUCUUUCCCUUUUAGGAAGCACUGUUAUUAUGCUUGUUGAAAUGGCAUUGAAGCAAAUAGUUUGAGUGGAUGUUUCUCACUUGAGCACAAUACUUGGGCACUCUUCUAACUCACUGCUACUCUUCUCACUCCUGUUUUGGAUUUUCUCUUUGCACGCUUGAAAUCUUUUAUGAGAAUAUAUUAUAGAAUACUUUUUCUUCUGAGAACUGAGGCUUCCAGGGGACUGCAUUUCUGCCUGAAUAUGUCCCUUCUCCCCAAGAGAGAGGGAAGCAUCUAGAUGUGUCCGCAGCAGGAGGCCCGUGUUUCUUUCCAAGGGUAAAGCCACCAAUGUUACCCAGGGAGCACCCGGAAGGAUGUACACAUGCUCAUACGGCAGGGCCCUAAUGGAACUGGUGCUGUGAGAAAGUGAAUAUAAAACACCAAGCAGAGUAAAAUUUGUGGGGAGUACCUGGAGAGUUUUCAGGAGUUGCAAACAAGUACCUUGGAGCAUUCUGUUAAGUUUUGGGAAAUUCAAAUAUACAGGACAAGGAGGUUGCUGACUCUGCAGAAAAGCUCUAGGCAGAUUUUUUCUUUAAAAAACAAACAAACAAAACCCCAAAACUAUUAAAUUAUCAAGGACUAGUCUUGAGGAAAGGAAAAAAGUCCCCUAGAGUUAAGUGUCCAAAACUUAAAAGAAUUUAUACACACACACACACACACACACACACACACACACACACAUGAUCAUAAAAAAGUGUGUGAUCAUUAAAAAGAAAAGUGAAAUAUCUCAAAGGAGAACUUCAUCAUAGUUGUUUAUUGAAUCAUUUUUUUCUUUUUUUACAUCUCAGAGCUAGUGUAGAUUCUGAGGGACUCUUAUUUACCAAAACACAAAAUAUUUACCAAAGCACAAAACAAACAAACAAAAAUUUUAAAGGUAGUAGGGAAAGGAGGUAGUUUUGAAUAGUUUCUCCCAUGUCUGCAAGUUUGGCAUAGCAUCAGGGUUAAGGUUGUAUCUAUUUCAAAUUAACAUCAUGUGUGGCCUACAAUACCAAACACAAUUUUUAAUAGUCAUGGUGGAAAGUACCCGUUGGAUCUACAGUUCUUGUCUCAUUGUUGACAUUUAUUUAACAUUUAUAAACAUUAAUUUUUUGCAACUGAAUGUCUUGUGUUUGCAGUGUUUGUGUUAGGAAUCUAGCUUUUAUAAUGUUAACUUUUCAAAUCAUGUACUUUUUCUUUGGGAUUUUUUUUUUUAAGAUUUCAGAAAUGGAAUAUAGUGUGUUAGAGGUGUGCACAAAAAUAUUUUGCAUGUUUUUUGGGGUUUUUUUUGGCCCAUGUGAAUUCUACUUUUUAGCAAAAUAAAACCCCCCAAAAGGCUGUGCAAAUACAGAUUUUUCUGUGUAAAGUUUUUUGCAUGUGAUACCAAAAGCAGGUUUUUUUCUAUAUGACCAUAAAUAAAAAUUUGAGACAAAAUACCCUGUGGAGAAGAAACAGAUACACCUCACUUGGUCUGUUGGCUGUGUGGCCCAAAGGCAGUUUAUAUGUGAAUAAUGCAAAGCAAAUUGUUUUGCAUGCAAAGAGAAUUUUCUAGAUAAAUAAUAAACUGAAGACCAAACUUUG